AUGUUUGAGCUGAAUGACACAAUCAUGAAAGAACAGUCUGAUAAGUUCAAUAUAUAUAAAGACCUGAUUGAAGACAUCAUCAGUGAGAUGUCAGAUAAUAUAAGAGACUCAAGUAAUCAGAAUGACAAUGACUCUGUAAGUGAGAAGACUUGUAUGAGACUAGAAAUUGCAAGACUUCAGUAUGAAGUCAAGUGA